AUGACAGGCUACAUGGAGUUGACUGAGAUUGAGCCGAACAUGAGGGCGAUUGAGGGUCAGGCACUAUUAAUGGUCCCCCAACUUCCACUAGAAAUUUUGCAAAAGAUAUUGGCUCUUGCAAGCUGUUGGAGACGUUAUACAGCCUCUAUUUUGACCCUGUCACGCCACACACAUGCGUGCACCCUCGUUCUCCGUGAUGAAUCCACAUUAAUUGACCUUCUUGGGCUAUGCAGAGGUAUCACCUGCCUUUCAGUGGCAGUCAACACAGAUGAGUUCAGUGAAGAUCCAUCACGUCUACUGUGGGCACUCAAUACACUCCCACUGAAAUCAUUGACUAUGCUGAUGGAGGUUAAUUGCUUAUCUGCCAUCAAAACAUCGCACACAUUCCACAAUCUCAUGCAUCUCGACAUCAACGAUCAAUUGUUGAUGACGGAACCAUACACUGGCCUAGAAGAUCUUCGGUUAGUGACUCACAUUAUUGUGGUCCUUGCAAUGGGACAAUCAAUGGUGGAAUCGGUGAAGCACCUCCUAAGCAAUGUAACUCUGCGAGUGCUUGGGUUGCGAGUCAGAGACACACAUAAACCUGUCACGAUGUGGUUGGAUAAAUAUGGAAUCAACAAUCGUCGAGCCGUACUGUUUCCUACCCAAUGGACGAGCUGGGCUAAGCUAGGCCAGGGAGAUAUGUUGAUAUGGGAAAUGGCAGAGGAAAGGAUAAAGCUUCCACGACCAAAGGAAGAUACGCUGAUUUCAAUGACGUUGGAAGGGGAUUUGUAUCAAGGCCAUGCUCCCAGUCGACAUCUAAAAAGUGCAUUAGAUGGUAAUGGGUGUUCUUACAAUUCAUGUCCAGAAGGUGCACCAGAGGGUGGGAGAAAAGAUUGGUCAUAG